AUGUCACCUGAGGAGGAGCAAGCGAUAUUUGCAAGAAUCGCAGACCGGCUCAGAUGGGAAGAGCUGCCCCAGAUCAAAAUAGGGUCACGGCUCUCUUUGUCUGCCAAUGACUGGCUCAGUGCGGGAGAUGUGUCAAUCCUCCCGCUUGAGAUCUGGAAGAUGAUCGGCGACUACGUUGUUGCGGAUCUGGAGUCUGAGGUCGGAGCCGAUCGCCUGGCAAGACCGUACGGUGAAGUUCCAGAUGAUCCUCCAGAUGUAUAUCGAGACCAGUACGACUACUACGGAGAACAAAAGUCGCCAUGGCAUCGGAAGUCUAUGAUUGAUUUCCGGCAACGAUGGCGACCUUUGAAAUUAUAUCAUGCUAUCAAGCCUCUCCGAGCGAGUAUGGACACCUAUUUUCGGCGCAACUGGGUCGAGAAUGCCUCCUUCUGGGUUCGCCGAGUGUAUGCUGGGCUAAGACCUGGGUAUUGGGUGAGCAUGUUCAAGGAGUUCAGAGGGCCGAACGAUGAAUUCGCAGUCUUCUGCGGUAAUUAUGUAACAUGCGGCAGCUUGAGGAAUGAGCCUGUUGGCGGUGAUAGUGAGACGAAUAUCAAGGUGUCAAAGGUCAUACAAGAGCUUCGCGAAGAUCAGCCUGGCUAUCACUCACUGAUCUUUAUGCGCAUUGAGGACGGUAUGACGGACCUGCUGCCCAUCGAUCUCGAAUAUCCAACUCAAGACAAUGGCUACUGCUUCGUCUUCCGCUGGCGACCGUACAUCGAUCUCCUGCAUGCACAGCAGUCUGAGUACCCGACCAGCCUCGUUGAGUGCGUGCACACUCGUUACACCUCGUUGAACCUGGCAUGGGAUGUCUGCGGACACGACGCAGGCAUGAAGUCGUUACUGCUCAGCCAAAGGAUAAACUUGACUGAUCUGUCGGCCAUUGGAGGCGACGGUCGCAAUGUUGAGGCAAGGAGGGCCAUGAGACUCGAUCUGGCUCUCGAGUCGGGUCGACUGCAACAUGGCGACAGCGAACGGACGGAGAGGCUUCACACGAGGUAUGCAAGGCUGGACGAAGAACAUGUUGCAUACUGCUUGUUGCAAAUCAUGAUGUUGGCAGAGCUCAAGCUGAAGUGGUAA